AUGUAUGUAAUAAAAAUAUAUCAUAUUAUAAUAUUUUAUGUUUGUCUUCAUAAUUUUUUAAAGACAUCAUUAAAUAUAGAUUAUGAAAAGGAUGUAGAAUGUAGCUUGUAUUUAAUAAAUAAAACUAAUUAUAAUAAAUUUUAUAUAAAAGAAAAACGAGAAUUAGGUGAAAGGGAAAGUUCACAAUAUUUACAAAAUUUACAAAAUUUACAAAAUUCACCAAAUUUACAAAAUUUACAUAUUUCAAAAUUUUCAAGGAAACGUACAUUUGAUUCUUCUUUAACGCUUGAUGAAUUAUAUGAGCUGAAAAAUAUAAUAUUUUUUGAAAGACGAAUUCUUGAUGAUUUGGUAGUUGAUGUUCAAAAUAGUAUUGAUGAUGGAAAGCAUAUAAUAUUUUUGAAAGAUUUUGUAAAAAAUAAAAUGCGUUUACAUAUUAGAUUAUAUGGAUUAAAUUAUUCAUUCAAUGGAAUAAAUAACAUGGGUAAUAAUUUAUUAAAUCAGAUGGAAGAAAUUAAUUCUAAUUUCCCAUUAACACAUGAAAGUGUUAAUAUAAUGUAUAUUUCUUAUAAAACCGAACUUGAUAUAUCAAUGGACCUUUUAGAUUGUGUGUUAAGACAAAGAGAUGAACAGAAAAGAAAUGAAUAUUUAUGUAAUAUGAAUGAUAUACGUUUAACAAUAUAUGUACGAUUUAAUUCUGAGGGUAUAAAUAUUAAAGAAGAAAUAAUAAAUAAAAUGAUAAUACGUAUAAAAGCGAGAAUUCAUCAUAUAAUUAUAUAUCAUGAAAAUUUACCAUCUUAUAGAUAUAGACAUUAA